AUGGAUGACGCAGACGAAGCUCACAGGAACAAGCCAGGGAGACAGGAGGAGGCAAAUUUUCAGCAGCCAAGCAAAGCAACCACUAACCCGGUGACCCCUAUAUCUACCUCGCAUAGUGGCAUGGCCUUCCAUCUGGCAUCUGCUGAUCUGCGUCAGUCCAAUUCUCAUCCAGUGCCUGCCGGCUGCCGCAAGCUCGAAUUGGCGGCCGCCAUGGCCGUGGCGCCUGACCAGCAGCAGCCACCUGCAGGGGGAGGGUCUUCCUCGCCGUCUCCUCGCCUCCACGACACCACCCUCGUGCCGCCGUCUCCGUCACCGCCGGAGACCUCGCUCCCGCUCACCUUCUUCGACGUCUUCUGGCUGCACUCCACGCCCGUCGAGCGCCUCUUCCUCUACCGCCUCGGCCCCGACGCUGACGUCGCCGCCAUCAUUUCCAACCUCCGGGACUCCUUGCACCAGGCCGUCCGCGCAUUCUACCCGCUCGCCGGCCGCGUCCGCCUCACCCCCGGUACGUCCGACCACUACGAGCUGCACUACCGCCCGGGUGACGCCGUCACCUUCACGGUCGCCGAGUGCGACGACGACGACGCGGACGCGCACUUCGACGGCCUCGCCACCGACGAGCCCCGGGAGGUUGCCAAGAUCGCCACGCUCGUGCCGCCGCUGCCGGAGGGCGGCGGGCUGUUCGCCGUUCAGGCCACGCUCCUUCCCGCCCGCCGCGGCCUCGCCAUCGGCGUCACCGUGCACCACGCCGCCUGCGACGGCUCGGGCUCCACGCACUUCCUGCACACCUGGGCGGCCGCCUGCAGAGGCGGCGCCGAACCGCCGCCGCUGCCUCCUGUGAUCGACCGGACUCUCCUCGCCGACCCAAGGCGCCUGUACGACAUCUUCGUCCAAACGGCGCCGAGCACGGAAGAGUAUGAGAUGGCCGAGAUGUCCGCCGACCAGCUCUUCGCCACGUUCGCGCUGUCCAAGGACGACCUGAAGCACAUCAAAGACGUCGUGGCCGACGAGGCCGCGAGGCGCGGCGUCGCGCCGCCCCGGUGCUCCUCUCUGGUUGCCACCUUCGGCCUCGUCUGGUCGUGCUACCAGCGAGCCAAGGAGGGCAGCGGCGCCGGCGCCAGAGAGGGCCCGGUGACCUGCAUGGGCUUCCCCGUCGACCACCGCUCGCGGAUGAAGCCUCCCCUGCCGGACAAGUACUUCGGCAACUGCGUCGGCCCAGCGUUCGCGCUGGCACCAACGGGCGAGGUGGCCGUGGCCGGCGCUGGCGGGCUCUUCAGCGCGUGCGCCGCCGUCGCCUCCUCCAUCGACGAAGCUGUACGCGACAUCGGGACGUCAAGCAUGGCGGCGUGGAUGGACCGCAUCAGGGAGGUACUCCCGAUGGGUUUACUGACCGUGGCCGGCUCGCCGAGGUUCCGCGUCUACGACCUGGACUUCGGAUUCGGCCGGCCGGCGAAGGUGGACGUCGUGUCCGUGGCGAGGACCGGCGCAAUGGCGGUGGCGGAGAGCCGGGGUGGCGACGGCGGGAUAGAGGUGGGGAUCUCUCUGCAGCCGGCUGCCAUGGAGAGGUACAGGCAGUGCUUCGCGGAUGCUAUGGCGUGGCUCCACCAGAGGACAUGA